AUGAAGCUGUGGGAGAUGGUUCUUUGUGCUCUCCUGUCCACCCUCAUUUCCCUCAUCCUUGGUGGACUCUACAGAAUCGGACUGUUUCGUCAGAAAAGACCGAAGGAGCCACCCUUGGACAAAGGUCUGAUUCCAUGGUUAGGUCAUGGGUUAAGUUUUGGCAAACAACCUGUCCCGCUUCUGCAACAGAUGAGGAAGAAACAUGGAGAUAUCUUCACCAUAUUGGUUGGAGGCCAAUAUAUCCAUGUUUUGAUGGAUCCUCACACGUAUGGAUUUAUCUUCAAGAAAUCGAAAAGCAAGCUGGAUUUUGGGGUCUUCGCCUCCAACGUCGUCUCAAAAGCAUUUAAUUUCCAACCGACCACCACUCAUCAUAAGAUUGGGGAAGACGGCAGCAGGAAGUAUCUCCGAGGUAAAAGUCUUCUUGCCCUCAACCAAAGUUUGAUGCAGAAUCUGAAGGAAAUCUUGCUUGAAUCAGCUGAGGAGAAGUGGCGCCAGGAGGGUCUCUGGCACUUCAGCUACAAAACCAUAUUCCAAGCUGCUUUCCUAUCAUUGUUUGGCACUGUGCCGGAGUUGACCUCUAACAGCAAAGAAAACACUAAGGAGAGAAGUUGUAAACCCUACGAGAAGCUCUUUGAGGACUUCCAGCAAUUUGACGAAUAUUUUCCACAAAUGAUCCUCAACAGCAUAGAUUCCAAAACUAAGAAGGAGAUCCAGAGACUGAAGAACUACUUCUGGGAUCUCCUAUCCGUCGAAAAGAUAGACAAGAGGGAGGACAUUAGCAUCUGGUUGGCGGAUCAGGAUCAACAGCUGGCUGAUGCUGGGAUGAAUGAGAAGAUGAGGACUCAGGUCCAGCUCCUUUUUCUAUGGGCUUCUCAAGCCAACACGGGUCCAGUGACUUUCUGGUUGCUUGCCUAUCUUUUGAAACAUCCAGAAGCCAUGAAGGCAAUAAGGGCAGAAAUAGAUCAAGUCCUAAAGGAGACCGGUCAAGAACAGAACCCAACAAACCUCUCGUUGCAGGCUAUCAAGACUCCCUUGCUUGACAGUGCGGUAGAAGAAGCUCUCCGCUUGAAAGCGGGUUCUUUCGUAUUUAGGAGCGUGAUGGAGGACCUCAACCUCCAGAUGGACGACGGAAAAGAAUAUGACCUUCGGAAAGGCGACCAUCUUCUUCUCUUCCCUUUCCUGGGUCUCCACAUGGAUCCAGAAAUCUACCCUGAGCCUGAAACCUUCAAGUAUGACCGCUUCUUGAGCCCCGAGGGCAAAAGAAAAGAAUUCUUCAAAAAUGGCAAAAAGUUGAGAACUUGUAUCUUGCCUUUCGGAGGUGGACCUUCGAUGUGUCCCGGCCGCUUUUUUGCAGUCAGUGAAAUUAAAAUAUUCACCAUCCUGAUGCUCACCUUCUUUGACAUAGAGCUGGUCAACCCUGAAGAGGAACUGCCUUCCUCGAUUGAACAUCGCAUUGUGAUUGCAACGGCGCACCCAACACGCGACAUUGAUUUCAAAUUUCGGCGACGACUCUAAAGUAACAAACUUGGGGUGUAAACCUAGACUUUGUAGCAGAAGGGGAUUAAAAAGUAAGGUCGC